AUAAGUUGAAGAAACAUGGCGACGUCUAAUUUAUUGAAGAAUAAAGGCGCUCUGCAGUUUGAAGACAAAUGGGAUUUGAUGCGGCCCAUUGUUUUGAAGUUACUCCGUCAGGAGUCAGUUACUAAGCAGCAGUGGUUUGAUUUGUUCUCGGAUGUCCAUGCCGUCUGUUUGUGGGACGAUAAAGGCCCUGCAAAGAUUCAUCAGGCAUUGAAAGAAGACAUAUUAGAUUUCAUCAAGCAAGCUCAGGCACGAGUACUCAGUCACCAAGAUGACACAGCCUUGCUUAAAGCCUACAUCAUGGAGUGGAGGAAAUUCUUUACACAAUGUGAUAUUCUGCCUAAACCCUUCUGCAAGCUGGAGAUCACACUGUUGGGCAACCAAGGGAGCAAUAAGAAGUCCAACGUUGAAGAUAGCAUUGUUAGAAAGCUUAUGCUGGACACAUGGAACGAGUCUAUAUUCUUUAAUAUAAAGAACCGGCUCCAGGACAGUGCUAUGAAACUGGUCCAUGCGGAGAGAUUAGGUGAAGCUUUCGACUCGCAGCUUGUCAUCGGUGUGCGGGAAUCAUAUGUGAACCUGUGCUCCAAUGCAGACGAUAGACUGCAGAUCUACAGAGAGAAUUUUGAGAAAGCCUAUCUAGAUUCCACGGAGAGGUUCUAUAAGACACAGGCACCUUCCUACCUGCAACAGAAUGGCGUUCAGAACUAUAUGAAAUAUGCAGAUGGCAAGUUAAGAGAAGAAGAGAAACGUGCACAGCGAUAUUUGGAAACAAGACGUGAAUGUAACUCCGUCCAGGCACUAAUGGAGUGUUGUGUGAAUGCACUGGUCACAUCGUUCAGAGAGACAAUCCUAGCCGAAUGUCCGGGCAUGAUCAAGCGGAAUGAGACAGAGAGUGAGUACGGCAGGAGCUCUGUCACCAAAGGCUCUGCGAGUUCAGAACUGCACCUCAUGUUCUCGCUCAUGGACAAAGUGCCCAGCGGCAUUGAGCCUGUGUUGAAAGAUCUUGAAGAUCACAUCAUGAGCGCAGGUCUGGCUGAUAUGAUGGCCUCAGCAGAAUCCAUUACUAAUGACUCUGAAAAGUACGUAGAGCAGCUCCUCACAUUAUUUAACCGCUUUAGUAAAUUGGUUAAAGAAGCAUUUCAAGACGACCCACGUUUUCUGACUGCCAGAGAUAAAGCAUAUAAAGCAGUGGUAAAUGAUGCCACAAUAUUCAAACUAGAGCUCCCAUUAAAACAGAAAGGGGUGGGUCUUAAAACACAACCAGAGUCCAAAUGUCCAGAGCUGCUGGCCAACUACUGUGAUAUGCUCCUUAGAAAGACUCCAUUAAGUAAAAAACUUACCUCAGAGGAAAUAGAAGCCAAGCUAAAGGAAGUGCUCUUGGUUCUGAAGUACGUUCAGAACAAAGACGUCUUUAUGAGGUACCACAAAGCCCACCUGACCCGCAGACUCAUUCUUGACAUUUCAGCAGACAGUGAGAUGGAAGAGAACAUGGUGGAGUGGCUCAGGGAGGUCGGAAUGCCGGCCGAUUACGUCAAUAAACUGGCCAGAAUGUUCCAGGACAUAAAAGUAUCUGAAGAUUUGAAUCAGUCCUUCAAAGAAAUGCACAAACACAACAAACUUGGACUACCAGCCGACUCGGUCAAUAUAAAGAUCUUAAAUGCUGGAGCGUGGUCCCGGAAUUCAGAAAAAGUUUUUGUAUCUCUGCCUACCGAACUAGAAGAUCUUAUUCCUGAAGUCGAGGAGUUUUACAAGAAGAACCACAGCGGCAGGAAAUUACAUUGGCACCAUCUGAUGUCCAAUGGCAUUAUCACAUUCAAGAAUGAAGUUGGACAGUAUGAUUUAGAGGUCACGACAUUCCAGUUAGCUGUGCUGUUUGCCUGGAAUCAAAGACCCAGAGAGAGGAUCAGUUUCGAAAACCUGAAACUCGCCACCGAACUUCCAGACGCAGAGCUGCGGCGGACCCUUUGGUCCCUUGUAGCUUUUCCCAAACUUAAACGCCAGGUGCUGUCAUAUGAUCCUGUGGUGGGCUCUCCGAAAGACUUCACAGAAGGCACUUUGUUUUACAUCAACCAAGAGUUUUCAUUAAUAAAAAACUCAAAAGUCCAGAAAAGAGGAAAGAUCAAUUUGAUUGGUCGAUUACAACUCACCACAGAGAGAAUGCGUGAAGAAGAAAAUGAGGGCAUAGUGCAACUGAGGAUAUUACGCACACAGGAAGCUAUCAUUCAGAUCAUGAAGAUGCGGAAGAGGUUUAGCAACGCCCAGCUGCAGACAGAGUUGGUGGAGAUCCUAAAAAACAUGUUUUUACCCCAGAAGAAGAUGAUCAAAGAGCAGAUUGAAUGGUUAAUAGAACACAAGUACAUCAAACGGGACGAGACCGACAUUAACACCUUUAUCUACAUGGCAUAGCCGACCCCGCCCAAUACAGUCUGGGACGUUUUUUAGACACUAGCUCUUCUUUGGAGGAUUCCAUAUCUGAUUUCAGCUAAUUCCCCAGCCUGACAUGCUGGGUGGCUGACUAGAUUUAUCUCAAGACACAUCAUGCUGACAAAUCUCUGCCUUCACAAAUAUCUGAAAUAAAUAAAAAAGACUUUUGGGGUAAGAGA